GGAUACGACUAACGACUGAAGAUCAACAACCAGGAAAACCAGGAAGCAGCGCGACAACUCUCAGAAAUGCUAGAAACAAAACGAACCACGGUACUUUAUUUGUCGCAUGUAACUUAGAUUUAAAUUAGUCAUUUCCGUGAGUUAUGAAGACAUAAAAUUUGAAUCCACCGGCAGCGCUAAUAGACUGCACAUGCAGAGGCAACACCGGUGCAUGGAGCUCACACUGAACAAGGAAAUGCCGAAGGUUGCUUUACUCACCGGUGGAUACAGGUCGUGUUUUCGACCAGACGCGGUGUGGAUUUACAGUGUUUGUUUAGCACCGUGGCUGCUGUCAUGUAGUGAGGGACCACCUAGCUGUAGUUGCUGAGGCUCUACGAGUCAGUAGAAAUGGAAGACGUCAUCACUGUCAGCUCAGACGAGUCCGAUGUAGAAAUCGUCGGCUGCUACAAUAAAGUGGCCGCAGAUCCGCUGCCUCUGUCGGCGGUGCGGAUUGACGUCGGCGCCGUUAAUGUCCGGAUCCCACCGCCUUAUAUCGACCUCUCAGAUCCCCGAUGGGCUCCUCCACAGCUGAAGCUGUGCAAAAGGCAAAAUUCCUCUGGCGUGGCAGUGGUAGACUUGACUGAGAGCAAUGCAAAUGGGACAGAGCAGGAGACUGAAAAUUUGCCGCCAGAUUAUUAUCAAUAUAACAAAGAAGGUAUUAAUAUAAAUCAAAUUUCAAACAAGCAAGAUUCUAACUUGCAGAAAAACUCUUUGAGAGACUGCAGUGUUUCUGCUCCACAGCAGGACUGUGGGAAACUAAAACCAAAGCGGAGACGUAUGAAUUUUCAAACACAGCAGCAAAAGGAGAGCAGUGAAGUGGAUGCCCCCAAUAACACUCCAGCUGUAAAGUUGACACGAUUGCCUUUUCUUGAAACUCAUGUCAUGGAACUGGAAAAAUCUAAAUGUUCUGUCCAGUUAACUGAAGAUUGCACACAAAUGUCACUAUGCUUUAAACAGCAGAACAAUAACAGUGAAAGACCAGAUUGCACUAGUGAUUCACGGACAACUAUUGCAUCAGAUGCUUCUCAAAUGGAGUCUUCAUUUAAUGAGUCACCAUCACCCUCUGAACACAUACCAACUGAAGGAACACCUGAGUGGCAAUCCGACAAUGAAACAUACAGGGAGGAUAUAGGAAAUGACAGUCCAGUGUUCCUUUGGCAAGGGGGAAGUGAUGGAGAAGACCUGAAUGAAGAGAGCAGGAGCUUGGACUUCAGGGCAGUGAGUAGUGAGGACAGGCUUUUUGUGUGCCCAGUUACACUUAAGAAAUUGAUGGCUGGUUCAGCCCAAGCCCUGACAGGUGAGGAUGAUGAACUAUUUGAAACCUCAGUGGUGUUGUGCCGUCAGAGCCUUAGCCUGGUUUACAGCACUAUUGACGAGAACUACACAGAAGGCACUUUGCAGCUCCUGUCUGACCUACUACAGCCAGGUUACUAUCCCCCCAAAGAUAUCACAUCCCAUCUGCUCCGUGGCAUUCUGCUCGACCCAAAGUGUUCCUAUCACCUCUGUGUGCAGGCCUUUAAUCUGCUGAUGAGGACGCAGAGACACCAUAUGGCUGAUAAAACCACAAUUCCAUGGGAUUGGGAGUUACUGACCUCAGUCAUGUCCAGUCAGAGACAUCAGUGUGAGGUUGUGCGCAUGCUCCUAGAAUAUAUUGUGCAGACGUUGGAGGAUGACUUUCAGGCCAAAAGCUGUACAUCUGCUCUUCACCACUCCAUCGCAAAAGCAACAUUGUCAUGUGAUCAGCAGUUUCCUCGAGUCAGGGAUGUCAUCAAGUGGCUGUUUUCUGCCAUUAUAAAAUCUACAGAGCUUGAAGAGAGUAAAGAAGCAACCAGAGAGAGAAAUGAGCAAAUUAGAAUGGUGUCCAUCUUCCAAAGGAUGCUGUCUUUAGCUCUGGAGGUGGACCGUUCUCCUGCUCUAAACUCCGCCAAGCUGUCCCAGGAGCUCUUCGAUAUGCUCAUCAGCAAUAUGCCUCUACGAGCACACAGGAUGUUAUUGCUGGACAGCCUACAGAGCAAGCUGCUGAGAUGUAAGCUGUUGGAAUAUCUGCUGGACUACUCCUGCCCACUGAAAAUCUCCCUGCCCAUGUCGCUCAGUCUGCUGCUUCACUUUCUGAAGAACUGCACUUUGGCACCAGACCCGACGGAUGGCGAUGACAGGUGGCAGAGGUGGGAGGAGCUGGUCCAUCUCCUCUGGAUGUUGUUGCUCAGCUAUAACAAAGCGAUGAAAGGCUACCUGUGCAGGUCCUUCGCUGAGCAAAAAGGCAGUGUUGGCACAUCAGUCUACAAGCCAGAUGACAUGGUGUGGAAGCCCGCUGUUCGUGAAGCUGUGGAGGCCUUCUUGUCCAGAUCCCAGGCUGACAUCGGCCAAGCCUUACCUCUUCAUGUGGAAGAAUCCCUAACUUAUCUACAGGAUCACCUGCUGGAUGUUUGUCAGUGUUGAAUAAAAUAAAACUGGUUCUUA